CAAAUUGAAUACUCCUUUGAAAGUUCUCUCACUUGUUCUCACUAAUCUCCUCCUGAUAACUCUCGAUGUCAAACUCCGAGGAACGACCGCGAAAAACGAACCGUCCGCCGUGGUCUUCAUUGUCUCCGCCGUCAUUGUUUUCACUACCACUGGACAUCGUUUUAACCGUCUUAGCCCGGGUACCAAAACGGUAUUACCCAAUCCUCUGUUGCGUCUCCAAGAAGUUGAGGAGUCUUGUUCGCUCGCCUGAGAUAUUAAAGACUCGAUCUUUACUCGGAAGAGAUUUUCUUUAUAUCUGCUUCAUCGAAGAACCAAAACGACUCAAGACUUGUCACUGGUUUAGUCUCCGCAGGACUGAGAACAAUACGACUAAGAAUGUCUUCGUCUCCAUCGAUUUCCCUUUGCUUCCGGAGCCUUGUCGUUACUCUUCUUCCGUCCUCGCGGUUGGUACAGAGAUUUUCUUCAUUCCCGGUUCUUGUAUUCCCUCAUCAAGCUUUUGGAUCUGUGACACCCAAUCUGGAAAUGUUCGUGAAGGACCUCGUAUGUUAGUGAAGCGAUUGUACAAUACCGUCGGACUAGUCGGCAGUAAGAUCUAUGUGAUCGGAGGCUACAGAGGCAAAGAGAUUCAAGCGGAAGUAUUUGACUUAAAGACGCAAACUUGGAAAGCAGCGUCAACCCCUGAGAAAACAGAGUUUUCAACAUGGAUCACUCCGGCAAAGGUUUCCCUAGACAGGAAGGUUUGUGCUUUAAGUUCUUAUGAUGGAGACAUGACUUGUUACGAUACUAGAGAUGGUUCUUGUGAGAGAACUGAGUUGCCUAAUGACAAAUGGUGGAGGACAGGAAAGUGCGUGAUUGAUAAUGUGCUCUACAUUCACUUCUCUAGAUUCGGUUUAAUGUGGUAUGACACUGAACUGAUGAUCUGGAGAGUAGUUUAUGGUUUUGAUCUCGACAAAGCUGGAUGCGUUGGGAUGGCUGAAUACUAUGGGAAGAUGGCGUUUCUAUGGGAAAAACCAAGUCUUGUUGAUAAUGAAAGCAAAGAGAUUUGGUGUAAAAUGAUUGGUUUGCUUAGGAGUGACGUGGGAAUUCAUGGAACUGCAGAACCCUCUCAACUUCUCAAGAUUGUUCCUAGCAGCUUUAGUUCUUACCAUUGUCUGUCUCUUGGUUAAACUCGAGAUCUAUUGUUGACGAAAAGGUAAGUGUUAAAGUAUUUUGCACACAAAAAAUAAAAGAAAAAGAAGACAAGUGUUUAGUACUUCUUUGGUGUACAAUGA